GGCAAUUCUUAUUCUCUCCUUGAAAGACCUGAACCCUAAAACUUCAAAUUCAGCGUCCAUCCUCUCCUGUCCGCUCCAUUUCACAGAAACCGGAGCUCGGCGCUGAACAAGUUUCGGUCAAGGUUUCUGAUUUAAGGUAGCUUAAGUAUGCCAACUGCUGAGGCAGCUCCGGCUUCCUUAGGACCUCGUUAUGCACCCGAUGAUCCAACUUUACCGCAACCUUGGAAGGGCUUAAUUGACGGCAGUACUGGGUUAUUGUACUACUGGAAUCCAGAAACUAAUGUUACUCAAUAUGAGAAGCCAUCAGCUUUAGCCCCUCCACUGCCGCCUGGUAAACCACCGGAAGCUGCUACACCUAAGUUGGCUCCUAUACCAGGAGCUAGUACAGUGCAACAAAAUGAUGCUCAUGGCCAACAAAGCCAGCAGGCGUGUACUCAACAAGGCCAACAAAUGACACAGAUGUCCCAACAUUCACAAGUAACACAACAGGUACCGCAUGGAUUACAAGGUGUUUCAAUAGGGCAGCAACAAGGAUCAGCAGCGGGUCCUGCUAUGCAACAGGUACCCUUUACGCUGCAGUUUCGACCCCAAAUGAUCCAGCAGCCUGGUCAUCAGAUGCCAUCUCAAAUGGGGCAAACUCCUAACCAGCCAGGCCCACAUGUUUCUCAACCGGUGAUGCAACAAAUAAUGCCACAACAACUUGGCCCCCAAACACAAGCAUUUCCAGGUGUACAGAUGGGACAGCCACAUGGUUAUCAAUUUUCUCAUCACCAGACACCACAGACACCACAGCAUAUUACGUAUUCACAGAACUUGCCUCCACAAGGACAGCAAAUUCCACAGCAGAAUCAGCAUGUUCCGCUGAAUCAACAGUACUCCCAUCAACAAGAGCAUAAAAUGGGAUUUCAGCAAAGGGAAGAUGUUGAUUUCCCCCAUGGGAGACAAGUUGGGUUUUCGCCACAACAAGUUCAGCAAACUGGUGCAUCCUCUACUCAGAAUCUGCCUAUGGGGACUGGAUCUGUUAUCAGACCUCAGAUGUCUGCUCAGCCUGCUCAAGCUUUGCCGUUUGGUGGGUCUUCUGUAAAUAUUCAACAACCAUCAUCUUUGGGGCAGUGGCAGCAAAAUGCAAAUGAUUCAGGUCACAAGCCACCCGGUCCACGAUUUCCCGGUGAAAUGGGCUCAGGUAUGGUACAUGGCCAGGAGCUGGAUACGCCUCCAGUUGGAUCAAAGGGUUAUGAGGAAAACUCGUUUGGAAGAGGAGGAAAUGAGUAUUAUUACACCAGUAACAUGGAUGGUCGGAUUAGGCCUCCGCCUCAGCAACCCAAGCUUGCAGCUAUACCUAUAGCAAGAAAUCGGCAUGAAACGAGAAUGGGUGAUCCUCCGCUUCAAAAUCCAGCACCGGCUCUUCCUAGUGGGUUCAAUAGUACAGGUGGUCCUCCAAUGCAAAAUAUCUAUGGUCAAGCAGCUGGUGGCCCCCCAUUUCCAAAUCCUAACCUCAUGAGGCCACCUGCAGCACUCACUGGACCUCCUGGAGCUAUUCAUCCAUCGCCCGUUGAGGUUUACCUUCAGAAGCAUGAAGUGACUGCGACAGGUGGUGAUGUCCCCGCUCCAUUCAUGACCUUUGAAGAUACUGGCUUCCCUCCAGAAAUACUCAGAGAGAUUCAUGUUGCGGGAUUCACUUCGCCCACUCCCAUUCAGGCACAAACAUGGCCCAUUGCGUUGCAAAAUAGGGAUAUAGUAGCCAUUGCCAAGACAGGUUCUGGCAAAACAUUGGGCUAUCUGAUUCCUGCAUUUGUCCACCUUAAGCGAUGCCGCAAUAAUCCUCAAAAUGGCCCAACAGUAGUGGUUUUAGCUCCAACACGAGAGCUUGCAACACAAAUACAAGAUGAAGCUCUUAAAUUUGGCCGAGCUUCAAGGGUUUCUUGCACAUGCUUGUACGGAGGUGCACCGAAGGUUCACCAGUUAAAAGAACUAGAGCGCGGAGCAGACAUUGUUGUUGCAACUCCUGGUCGGCUUAAUGACAUCCUUGAAAUGAAAAGAAUUGACUUUAGGCAGGUUUCUCUUCUCGUGCUAGAUGAGGCUGAUCGAAUGCUUGACAUGGGCUUUGAACCUCAGAUUCGCAAGAUUGUAAAUGAGAUACCCCCACAAAGACAAACACUUAUGUACACAGCAACCUGGCCCAAAGAAGUGCGAAAAAUAGCUGGCGAUCUUCUUCGAAAUCCUGUCCAGGUUAAUAUCGGGAAUGUUGAUCAGCUUGCAGCAAACAAGUCUAUCACACAGUACGUUGAAGUAGUCCCGCAAAUGGAGAAGCAGAGACGGUUGGAGCAGAUUCUUAGAUCCCAAGAAAGGGGUUCUAAAGCUAUUAUAUUCUGUUCCACAAAAAAGUUGUGUGACCAACUUGCACGCAGCAUUGGCCGAAGCUUUGGAGCCGCAGCUAUUCAUGGAGACAAGUCCCAGGGUGAGAGGGACUGGGUUCUCAAUCAAUUUCGCUCUGGUAAGACCCCAAUUUUAGUAGCAACUGAUGUUGCUGCUAGAGGACUGGACAUACCCGAUAUUAGAGUGGUGAUCAACUAUGAUUUUCCAACUGGGAUUGAGGAUUAUGUUCAUCGAAUUGGAAGAACUGGUAGGGCUGGUGCAACUGGUAUUUCAUACACCUUUUUAUCUGAUCAGGACUGGAAAUAUGCUCCAGAUCUGGUUAAAGUUCUGGAAGGCGCAAACCAGCACGUGCCUCCGAAUGUAAGAGAGAUGGCUUUACGUGCUGGUGGCAGGGAUAGAGGUGGAAUGAACCGAUUUGAUCUUGUUGAGGGUGAUGGUAGCCGCACACGCUGGGAUUCUGGUGGCCGUGGUGGGAUGAGGGAUGGUGCGUUUGGUGGCCGUGGUGGGAUGAGGGAUGGUGGGUUUGGUGGCCGUGGUGGGAUGAGGGAUGGUGGGUUUGGUAGUCCUGGUGGGAUGAGGGAUGGUGGGUUUGGUGGCCGUGGUGGAAGGGAGAGCAACUUUGGUAGCCGUGGUGGGAGAGAUGGUCACUUUGGUGGCCGUGGUGGGAGAGAUGGUCACUUUGGUGGCCGUGGUGGGAUGAGGGACAGCUAUUUUAGUGGCCGUGGUGGCAGGGGUGGCGCAGUUGGUGGUUGGGACAGGAAUGCUCGGUAUGAUAGCUCGGAUGUGCGAGGACGUGAUAGAGGCCGAGGGCGUGGGCAUUUUGACAAUAGAAGAGACAUGCCGAGUCGGAGUCGAGGAAGAAGUUACAGCCCUAGUCCGGAGAGGGUGCGAACAUGGGGUAGCCGAAGCAGGAGUCGCAGCAGAAGCAGGAGUCGCAGCAGAAGUCGCAGCAGAAGCAGGAGCUAUAGCAGGAGUUACAGCCGGAGCCGCAGUUAUAGCCCAAGGCAUAGUCGCAGCUGUAGCCGCAGCCGCAGCCGUAGUCACGAUAGAUAUCAAAGGAGGCCACGCCAAUCUAAAUUCGAUCAGAUGGAACCAGAUCCAGGGAUGUCAAAUGUUCAGGUUGCUCCAUCUGGGAUGCCUCCAUUGUCUAUAGGUGCACCAAUUGAUGGAUUUUCUGGAGCUGCACCAGUGGAAUUUAAGCCGAAUAUGGAGGUAGCUCCAGAAUCUGGUAUGUCGCCCAUGUCUCCAGGAACAUGAGGAAAUGGCUUUCCAGGAGUUGAGCCCAUAGAGCAGAACCCUUGAAUUGGAAGCUCCAGUUGGUUGGUAUCAGUGCAUUUCUACAACCUUUGGAGGUGGCUGCGGAGUAAUCUGAAUGAUGGUUCUAUGUAUUUAUUCUUGAGAGAUGACGGUAGAUACUAUGUCGAGUUUGGGUGAAAUGGAUAUUGUUGCUUCAGCCAUUUGCAAGUGCGAUGGACUUAACUGCGCCUUGUAUGUCCAGUAUUUUCUAGGCGGUUUCCCUGGAGGAACGUUGAUUGUGGACACGGAGACGUCCAUGCUCGUCUCUUUGGUCUGGUUUUUAUAUAUUGCCCUCUUUCAAACUUUUACCUACUCUCUUCUCCAAUCUUUUCGUUGAGGACCUUACCCCAUCGUUAUUUUUUUCUUUUGGAGGGGAUGGGGGUGGAAUUCGUGUAUGGUUUUGGUUGAUCAUCUUUAUUGUUACUUUAUGAUAAUCCAUCGAAUAGGUUUAAGGAUGUAUUUAAAAUUUGUUAUUCCCUAAUACAAGUGCAAUCUAAGAACAA